GCCAGCAGGACUUACCGGAAGUUGUUGGAGUGAGUCAUCUURCCGAAUACCGAGAUCCUGUCGGCUAACAGCUGAGAGGAGAGCAAGUUAAGCAACAUCGGUUCUUUGUAUUUUAUUUGUAUAUAACGUGAUUAGUAUAGAAUAGUUUUAAAGGGAAAAUGGAAGACGACAUACUGACAACGCUGAAAAUAYUGAUUAUAGGUGAAAGUGGCGUCGGAAAGUCCAGUCUCCUCUUAAGGUUCACAGAUGACACGUUUGACCCAGAUCAAUCGGCUACAAUAGGCGUUGACUUCAAGGUGAAGACCCUUUCUGUGGAUGGCAACAAAGCAAAGCUGGCCAUAUGGGACACUGCUGGACAGGAGCGCUUUCGAACCCUAACACCAAGUUACUAUCGAGGCGCCCAGGGGGUCAUCCUGGUGUAUGAUGUCACACGACGGGAAACCUUCACCAAGUUGGACAACUGGCUGAACGAGCUGGAGACRUACUGUACAAGGAACGACCUCGUCAAAAUGCUUGUGGGAAACAAAAUUGAUAAGGAAAACCAYGAGGUAGACCGAGCUGAAGGGCUGAAGUUUGCAAGAAAACAUUCCAUGCUUUUCAUAGAGGCGAGCGCAAAGACAAAGGACGGUGUUCAGUGUGCGUUUGAGGAGCUGGUAGAAAAGAUCAUCCAGACCCCUGGUUUAUGGCAGAGCGAGACGCACGGCCGAGCAGUUCAGCUCACAGAUGAAGACGCCGGAGGGGGAAGCUGCGGCGGCUACUGCUCCCUGAUUUAGACGGCAAACGCACAUAAACCAGUUCCUGUGAACAUGACCCACUCAAACACACACACACACACACACACACACUCACACACUCACACUAAGAAGAAGAGCCUCCUCUUUCAGCUGAGUUUCUCAAAAAGUUGUGGACUAUCCACACACUGACUUUUGCACACUUUGUAAAAACGCUGCGCUAAAAUGCAAAUAUAGCUCAGCCUUUAGCUUAAAGAUCUGUUCCUUGUUUGUUUUGAGAUGGKUUUUUUUGUUUAGUUUAGGACCUUGUUCAGAGUAUUACCCAUCCUCAUUUUAUACUUGUAUGAAUAACUCAUAUCAGUUCUGUUAAAUACAUUUAAAGGUAGAAGCCAAAGUUGGACAAACGUGUAUUAUGAUGAUGAGAAUGAGAUGGUUUCUGUCUCCAGCAUGCCUUUAUGUUGUUCUCCGAGCACCUUGCCUUUUGCAGGCACAUCUGUAUCAAUGCUGGGCUGAUUUUUUUUUUCCUCUGCUGUGUUCAACGCUUCAUCCCGUCCUUUUCCUCACAGACUCAGUACUCUGCUGCUUAUGGAGAAGCUUAUUGAGCCGAGCCGUGCUUCAUCUCGCCACAAAGAGACAUUUUCAAGUGUUUUGGAACUGUUUUUUUUUUUCUCACUUAUUUCAUGUAUUUACUGUGUUUUGAAGAGUACAUAAAUCCAAGAGACUGGCACCAGUAAGCUUUCCACUGAGUGACAAAAGAAGAGUGGACUUUGUUUAAAAUUGCACAGCUUUUUUUGUAUUAUUUUAAUAGAGUGUGACUUACUGGCACGCACUCACUCAGACAGACAAUAUCAGAAAUAUCACUGGCACCACUACAGCUUUUCUAUAAAUCCUUUUGCCUUUUGACCAGUCAGAGACAAAGGAAAAGUGUUCAAUAUUAAACAGGCCAAUGAGUCAUCGGGGUGUUUCCACAGAAUUUGGAAAAUCAAAGGAAAAAGCUCUGUGUUUCUUAUUGUUAAUGGAUUUCACAGCGCUCCCAUCCCCGGGUCAGUAUCUGAGAAGACAGAAGUGUACAGGAUACCCCGGCCCUCUGACCAUGUUUGUAAUAUUUAGCUGUUGGUAUUUAUGGAAGAACACGUAAGAGUUUUAUCUCUGGAUAUGGUUUAAUUAACAUCAACAUGUGUAACUUUUCAACACUGUUUUUUUUGUCAUGUGUGUGGUCUUUCUUUGUGCCAUUCUUUUGUUUGUCCAGAGAACUACCGUCAGCCAUUUAUUACAAAAACUUUAACUUAUUCUUAAACCAUUGCAAAUAACAGAAUCAUUUUAAUUUAAUAGGAUUCUAAAUAAAAAGGAGUUAGGCUGUUAUGCUUUUAGUAAACUGUGUUGAAACAUGUAUACGAAAUUGUAAAUUGUGUAUUUUAGGACUUUGCCUGAAUAACUCUUGUAAAGCUGAAUGUAUACAUAUUUCACUACAAACCGCUCUWUGUAUUAAACUAAAUAAACUUCUCUUUUUUUGAGUA